AGUGUGUGUGUGCUGCUGCAGCAGCAGCAGCAGCAGCGCUAUAGUGCAUGUGAACCUUCACCCACUUCCAGCACAUUGGGUUCUCACGCUUCUCAGCACUAUAUAAGGCUGCAAUAACCGCGGCUACAUAACCCACGUCUUCACGACUAGCAGCAGCAACUCACGGAUCAGGAUGUUGUCCUCUCUUACCCGCUGGUUGUCCAGAAGUGCUUUCCAGGCUCUUAAAGGGACACACAGUCGUCCUCAACUGAUCAAGAUGCCUCAUAUUGGGAAUCAGACAUUGGCGGCGGCUCCUCUGCCCUUAACUGGGGGGAGUCUCGGAGUGAGGCAGGCCCGGGCACUGGAUCAGGAGAGAAUACUCCAGAUUGAUUGGGAUGAUGGGAGUUGUAGUUUGUAUCCGUUCACCUGGCUGAGGGACAACUGCCAAUGCCCUCUCUGCACGCUGCAGUCAGCGCAAGCACGCAGGCUGCUGAUGUCAGAUCUGGACGUGCACACCGGAAUGAACCAAGUACAGCUGAUGGACAAUAAGGUGUCCAUAACUUGGCCUGAUCAGCACAGUAGUGAGUUUGAUCCUGACUGGCUGAAGAAACGGUGUUUUUCCUCUGAGGCAAGACAGACUCUGCAAGAGGAGCUCUUCCUUAAUGAGCGUGAGUACUGGGAUUCUGGUCUGCAGAUCCCCACAGCAGACUUCCAGGAGGUUCUACAUGAUGACAAGGCUGCUCUGGCCUGGCUUGAGGCUCUGCGACGCAUUGGCAUCGUCUACCUGAGGGGGGCUCCAGUGGAGAAGGGCCAAGUGGCCAGACUGAGCCAGAGAAUCGGCUAUCUACGCCUCACCUUUUACGGACACACGUGGCAAGUGCAGGACAAGCCCAAGGCUAACAAUGUUGCGUACACUUCUGGAGAGCUGAGUCUGCACACAGAUUACCCUGCUCUGCACCAUCCACCUGGGGUGCAGUUCCUGCAUUGCGUCUGUCAGGCUGAAGAGGGUGGUGAGAGUGAAGUGGUUGAUGGGUUUCACAUGGCGGAGCAACUCCGGAGAGAAGAUCCUGAAGCGUUUAACAUCCUCUCCUCUCUCAGGGUCGAUUUCACAGACAGCGGAUCUGACUACUGUGACUUCAGCGUGCAGUCCAAAAACCACAUUAUAGAUGUGGACUCUGAUGGUCGGGUUGUGAGGAUCAACUAUAACAACGCCACAAGAGACUCUGUGCUGGAUCUGCCUCUGCAUCAGGUUCAGCUUUUCUACUCGUCUCUAAAGGCCUUUGUGGAGCUGCUCAGCAGGCCUGAGAAUGUGUUCACAUACAGAAUGGAACCAGGUGACUUGGUGACCUUUGAUAACUGGCGUCUGCUGCAUGGCCGAAAGAGCUACCUGUCACGAGGGCAGAACUCAAGACAUCUAGAAGGAGCAUAUCUGGACUGGGAUGAGGUCAUGUCCCGUCUCAGGGUCCUCCGGAAGACUGUCCGUGGAGAAAGCUAGACAUCUCUUUCAUUAGUAACUUUAAAAACAACUCGAGAAAGCUUUAAAAAAGUUUUGGAUCCCUAGGGAUAUUUUCUGUUCAUUUAAGUUUUGCCAAGUAGGCUUCUGUAGUUGAUAUUGUGGCCUUUUACUGAGGGGCUCUUUGAGUCUCCAGCACUUUCUUGCGUAUACAGUACAUCUUGCACAUACAGUGCUUGGAAAGGACAGACUUGUGCUUGACUUGUAAUUUUUUUGAUAAGGGACAAAUUUUUCCAGAGGUCUUAUUAAGAAUCGUAUUAAAUUAAUGAUCACAAGAGUCAGUGAAGUUUUGUUAAGAACUAAAUAUCUCGCUUCUCUGUGGACAACUGCCUGAAGUAUCGUAUUAGAUACUGGGUUUAUUCCAAUCCACCAAUGUUUUUGUCAUUCAUAUGGUCCAUGCUAUAAAAAGUGACAACUCGAAGUACGAGAUGGCAUCAACAGAGCUAAAAAAGAAAGUUUUAUCCAAUCUCUGAUUAUGUCUUACAUUUUGUCUUAUCGUUCUAAUGGUAAAGACUAUCAUACCGUCAUGAUUUAUGGCACUGUUUAAAUGCAGUCAUUUUAAUAUAUAUUGAUUUUUACCAAUAUUGUUUAUAUUCUGCUUGUUUUGCACUUAAUUUUACUGUAGAUUAUUGAACCAUUUUUAUUUCUUGUAUUAUAUUGUAAAUUGAACAACGAUGGGCCAUUGACCUUUGAGAAAAAUGUUUUCAAGUGGCACAAAAAUAUUUACAAGCUGAUGUCUAAAACAAAGUAUCUCUGUUUUGAUAUAUGGAUAUCGGAUAGUUUAUUCAAAUAUGAUCAGUACUUGUGUAUACUGAUUGCCAUGUGCAGUAGACAUUAAGCUAUUUUGAUACUUGAAAAUCCUCAAAUAUUACGUUUUUAAAGAAAACUGGCCAGUGUGUAAAUGCAGCAACAAUGCAAAUAUAACUCAUGCAGCUAUUAGUUUAUAAAACUGUUGGAGCUGACGUGUUACAUGUAUUGUUUUGGCAAAUCUUUAUUAUAUUUUUUUUUUCCAAAAUGACAAUAAAAUACAUUUAUAAUAUACCUAUACAUAAGGCAUUCAUGUACUUAUACAAAUACUGUGGCUAUAAAUCUUCUGAUUAUACCAGAGGUCAGUUUUUGGAUGUUGCUAAUCAAGAGGUUUUUGAUAAAAAAAAUAAAAUAAAAAAAUAACAUUUGAAAAUGAACUCUAAAAUGUAAAACAGUGAUUCAGUUAUGAUUCUAUCAGUAUUUAUUUAUAACAUUACAUUUGUGUUUUGAUGUUGAUUUUUUUAGUUAAAUUGAAGGAUUUGACAUUAAUUGAAAUUUAAAUGCUCCUGAAAAUCAAUUCUAGGAGGCAAAUAUCCAUUAAUAUAUAUAUACAUAAAAAGUGAGUAUGUGAUACUGUUGAAAGCUUGUAUAAUAAACUGUAAUUCUCACAGUAAAAUGACCUUCAGUCACAGAUUUGGGUUGGACAUCUUUUAUUUUCAUAUUGCGAAAGCUGUACAGGUUCUAUAAAUAUUUUUAAAUGCUGAAAUAUUUACAUCCAUGUCUCUAUUCAUUCCUUUCCCUCUGAUUCUAAACAAUACAGACUAAAAUGAAAGCCCAAAUAAUGUGCAAUUGUAGAUCUCACUCACACUUUCAAACAACAGACCUGAUACACUGUCCACCUCAAAACAUCUGUUUUGGAGACUUGGACUCUGGGAAAUCAGUUUUGUGCUAUUUACAUCUCUAAAUCAUUAAUGAGUGGGCUUUUCAAUUGCAUUUACAGUCUGCAUUCAACAACGGAACUGAAUGGAGUCACAAAACAACAGCUUUUUUGUGCACAUUCAUACACGUGAAUGAUUAAAAAUGUGAGCAAAACAUAAAA